ACAGUGAGACUUAUCAGCACCCCAGUCUCUCAAGUUGCAGAGGAAGUUCUUCUCCUUCCCCCUUUCUCUCUCUCUCUCUCUCCCUCUCCCUCGCUCUCUAUCUCACCCUCCUUGCACCCACCCUCAGUCUUCUCCCAACGGUUUCCUUUUUACGUUUUUUUUUUGUAUUCUAACUCAGCAUCUCAGCAAGGCGCAGGGGGGGUGGAGGAAACCCUUUAGUUUGCGUCUGUCAGAACUACAGAAUGUCUUUCCACCACCGUUAUUUUCUGAUUCUGUCCAGCACCGGAUUGCUGAUCCUCCUCCUUCUACAAGGUGUGUGUGGAGUGGAUGAUGUGACUUACAUGAGUGCUGUGGUUGGAGGAUCAGUGGUGCUGCCAUCUGGAUAUCAGAGGAGCGAGGUUGAAACUGCUGAAUGGAAUUUUAAAGAUAUGAAAAUUGUGUCUCUGAAACUGGAACCUAAAUCCCAAUUCAGUGGAAGAUCAGAAAUGAACUCCAGCCAUUUAAGUUUAACUGUGAGAAAACUCACAAAAGCAGAUACAGGACUAUUUACAUUUGUUUGCACAAACAAAAAAGGUGAUCAGUUGACAACAAAGAAUAUUCAACUAGAAGUUUAUGAUUCCACUCUGAUGGUAGACAUCCAGAAGAAUGUCACUCUUCACCAGCUGAACAACACCUGCACGGUCAGUUUGCUCUGCAAUGCCAGCGGUCCACCAGAUGUGCAGUUUUCAUGGAGCGGGCAUUGCACAGGGAGUGGUGCCAAACAGCACUUUUCUCUAUCACCAGCAGGGGGUAGUGUCACAUGUGUAUGUAAAGCAAGUGAGGGCGGUAAUCAUAAGCAGGUAACUGCAGACAUCAAGUGUGAGAACAAGACUUCAAAUAACUCUGUGGAGCCUGAUGUUAUCAACAGAGUUUCAUUCAGCGAGACAGAGUGGUACCUGUAUUUUGUGGUGAUUCCUGCAGCUGGAGUUCUGAUAAUUGUCAGCAUAACAGUGGGUGUUUGCUGUUACAAGAGACACAAAGCUAACUCCAGCAGACAGGAAACAGUUUAUGCAGACGUAGUUGCAGACCAGAACAAAUAUACUGAGAGAUCAACAUCGACCAAUGUACAGUUUGACAUGACCAUCUAUGAGUCUGUGGAUGACAGAGCUAUUGGGAUUCAAAACAAUCCUCAUACACUGUAUGAUAAGGUAAACUUCUCACGUCCAGAGAUGAAGAAGGACCUUGGAGCUACUCUCUCCUCUCCAUAUCAGGACGUGUUGUAACCCAACCAGUGGAUGAAAGAUUGAUUACAAGUGUCUCUACUUUUGUUUCCAACUAAAUUUGUAAUUUUGAUAUUGUAGUAUGUAAUCACGUAUACUGUAUAUGUUUGUGUGUAUUUUGGGUUGGGACAGUGCUGCAUUUGAGCAAAUAAAUGUUUCAUCAAAUGGA